CUCUUCCCUCCCAACUCUCUCUCUCUCUCCCUCUCCCUCUCUCCCUCUCUCUCUCUCUCCCCCACCUAAACCUAAUUCAUUUUGAUUGUUAGAGGAGAGGGUGAACUGAAGAAGAAGAAGAAGAAGAAGACAUCAGAGAAAGCUCUUGUGAAUUCUGAUUUGUUAGAUUUUUGGAGUAACGCAGAAGAAGAUUAAAAGGAAGAAGAAGAUGACUCCAGCUAAUUUGACAGGGCUAUUCGGUGACACCACUUACACUAAGGUGUUCGUUGGAGGUCUGGCAUGGGAGACUCACAAGGAUACCAUGAAGAAGUACUUUGAGCAAUUCGGUGACAUCUUGGAGGCUGUCGUCAUCACUGAUAAGGCCACCGGCAGAUCUAAAGGCUAUGGAUUCGUGACGUUUAAAGAACCGGAUGCGGCCACGAGAGCUUGCGUGGAUGCUGCUCCGGUGAUCGAUGGGAGAAGGGCUAACUGCAACCUUGCUUCUUUGGGUGUUCAAAGAUCCAAGCCCUCUACUCCAAAACAUGGCAGGAAUUUUAGGGUAGUGAGCGCAUUUCAGACAGGGUUAGGAGGAGGAGCGGGGAAUGCAACAGCUUUUGCUUCGGCAGCAACCUUCCCCCCUCAUUAUGCCAUCCAACAAGGGAUCCCUUGUAAUCUUUAUGGGUACUCUUCAUACUCGCCAGAUUACUCUAAUUACCCCACGAGCUACUAUAAUGUGUAUGGAGGAGCCGCUGCACAGUUCCCGAUGUACGGUGCCGGGCCGGGUGGGUUGAUCACCAGUGCCGGAACAACAUUCUACCCCUAUCUUCAAUUCGGAGAAGGAACCGGGGGCGGAGCCACUGCCUACUCUUCCGGCCAAGGAUAUGGUGUUCAGUAUCCACAUCAUCUCUUUCAGUUCUCUACUGGGAGUUACCCGCAGCACUAUGGUGCACCCAUGUCUCUUGCUCCUACUCCGGCCUUGCAAUCAGGCGUGACCAUGUCUCUUCAUACAUCUGCAAUCCCACAUCGUUGAAGAGACUCAUUCCAAGCAAAGUUUAAUCGGCUGCUCUAAAUUCUACCUUUGGUCUAACCAUGGUUCUAUUUCUCCCUCUAACUCGAAUCAAAGGCCCAGCCCAAGGUUGGCAUCUGGGUCAUUGAACACUGGAUAAGCCCCCCAUAGUGGCACCACUCCAAUGACAUGCAUGUUUAUUUUUCCCACUGCAUCGUUUUCAAACAAGGGUUCCAUGAAGAGAACCAAAGCAUUUUUAUCUGAAUGCCAACUUCAGCUAUUGGAUCAGCUAAGUUGGGAGAAGUUUUUGUGCCCUGGAAAAAGGCAAACUAAAACAGACUUUUUUGUUACUUUUAGCCUAGGCAAGGCUCAUAAACAAAACAAAAUGGUUUGCAAUAACUGUAAAUUUCAACAACACAAAAAGCAAGCCUCACAUAAAUGGCAAAUCACCUCUUUUGACAAUGAGGCAGUUUUUAGCAGAAAAACUGAGGGCAUCGUAUGCCCCCAAGUUAUUUUUUAUUCCCUUUUUUGUGCAUUGACAUCUAGUCAUAGGGGUUUAGAAACUAGGAGAACAUGUAGUCAUAUUUUUAAAAAUGUUUUUUUUUUAUAAAAAAACAUCACUUCAGAUCUUAUUAUAAUAUGUCUGAAGCAAACAGUGUCUUCUCUUAGGGAAAGGGAAGAUAAUGUUUUACUAACACUUGUAAAUCCAAUGUGGCUAAACUUUGGGAAGUAUUAGCCCCUUUUUCUAUUAAACUAUAACUAGUGUUUGCAUCUAGUAGUAACUCCAUGAAUGGAUGUGGAGUUCAAAGCAUUUGCAUGCAACCCUAGGAGAUAUUUUGGUUCCUUAGGGUUCUUCUCUUCUAACGGACCAACCAUGGUUAGGACUUAGGUAAUCUUCAUCGCUCUCCUUUCCUUUUUUCCUCCAUCUCUUCUCGUUGAACUUGUCAAUCUUUAUAUGUGUAUGCCUAUGGAUUUGGAUUGUAAACUAGGGAUAUUCUUCUCCAUCCAUGACCAUGAUGCGUGGUUUGAGAAUGAAUUUGCUACUUUCAACUA